AAGACUAGGGUUUUGUGCUGUCCUUUCAAACGCACAGUAAUCUUUCUCCUCUCUCGCGUUCCCUGGUCUCAAACAAUGGCGAAGAACAGGAAGAAGAAGCAGCCAAAAGGAGCUGUUUCAAUGGACGUCACGGAACCAAAAGUUUCUGAUUUACCUCAAGACAUGGACACCUCAGAAUCUGGAGCUAAAAGUUCGGUUUCUUCUUCCUUUAACAGAAAGAUCAAGGGAAGAACUAUGAAGAGAUCGAAAAAUGUACGGAAGAAGAAAGCCAUAGCAAAAGCAAUAGCAUCAAAUGAAAAGUCUGUUGAGAAAGUCUCGAAGAAUGAAAGCAAAACAACCAGAACUCAAUCUGCAAAAGCUCUAUAUGACUAGUAAGAGAGACCUCCCUUCUUGACCUAUAAGUAUCCAUCGUCACAGAAGGCUUCUUGGAAGUAUUAUCAAUAUAUCUCUUGCCAUAAGGUGUAAUGUAAUGUAAUUAUAUUACCCCAUGGUGCAUCAUAGCGAAUUAGAUCAAAUGUUCCAGUCCUGCUGCUUGUAUUAAGAUUUUCUACGCCUGAUGUGUUCGUAUCGGUAACCAUCCAAAAUAGUUCAUGCAUAGAUCUGCAAUUUUACUUGAAUCUGAUACUCUUUUGAUCAACCUUCUCUAAUUGAAAGUUUUAUCAUAAUUUUUGGAA